UGGUUCGUGGACAUGGGAGUUGAAGUGGGUAGGGGAAGGGGAAUUAAAAUGGUCAACUCCCCCAGAUCUCUUCCCUGGUGCGACCUGGCAAUUCAGUCGGGGAUAGGGAAUUAGGAAACAAUCGUUCUGUUGCACACGGCUGAGAUAAAAAAAGGGCCAGUAAAUUCCCAUCUCACAACCAAACGUGGGAUGGGGACUGAUAAUCCAUUUGCCAAGCCUAAUCCCUCAACAAAUUCUCGCAUCUAAACUCCCAUUCCCUUUCCUUAUAUUUGCCAAACACGCUGUCAGGCAUUGGCGUGAAGACAUUCGAGAUUGAUUACUCCUGUUGCGACAAGCUCAAGGCUUAUGAAGCCUAUGAAUAUCUCCAUAGGUGGCUUCAGGAAGUGGUUACACCGGGCAUUGAAAAACUCACCCUUGUGAUGCGUGAGAAGGAGGCAGUCUACUUCCCAUGCCCAGUUCUAUCCAAUGGCAAUGGAAGCUCGAUCUGGUAUCUUCACCUUGUUAACUGUGUCUUCCAUCCUACAGUUAGCCUUGGGUGCUUGGGAAACCUGACAGUGUUGCAUUUUGAGUCUGUGCGAAUUACGGGGCGCCAGUUAGGGUGCCUUCUUCCCAGCUGUGUUGCUUUGGAGCAGUUGAAACUCAGGAGAUGCUACCAGAUAACUUUCCUAAAGAUACCUUCCCGGCUGCAGCGACUCAGCUACCUGCAGGUGUUAGAAUGCCACAGACUGCAGACCAUAGAGAACGAAGCUCCAAAUAUUAAUAGUUUUCACUUUAUAGGUGACCGAGUUGAGUUCUUACUUGGGGAGUCAUUGCGAUUGAAGAAAUUAGACGUGCUAUGUUACCUCUUCCUCAGAUAUGCACUUGAUGAGCUUCCGUCCAUUGCGCCGAAUCUUGAAACUCUUAGCAUAUAUUCAUGGUGUGAGGUGGUCAAUACAACACUGACGAUCUCGCCUUCCAAGUUCCUCUAUCUGAAAUACUUGAGCAUUUAUAUUAAUGGGUCUUGCGAUUGUCUUUCUCUGGUUUAUUUUCUUGGUGCUGCUCCGUCCUUGGAGACAUUCAAACUGCCCGUACCGAUACAGCUACAACAAUCCAUAGAUGAAUUGCUUUCUGAAGACCCCUCGCAUCUGAGGCAGAUUCCAGGAUACAGCCAUGACAAGCUCCGGAGAGUGAGCAUCUGUCGGUUCCCCUGUUCAAAGAGCAUGGUUGAGUUGACGUCCCAUAUUCUGGAAAAUUCAGCAUCACUCGAGUGCCUUGCAUUGAGCACCACCAAUGAUAGUUUCAGGUGUUCUGAUGAUCGAUCUGCUAAAUGCUCCUGCUCGAUCGGACCCAUGGAAGCCCAUAAAGCAGCCUUGGUAAUCGAAAGAUACAUCAGGGGGAAAGUUCCCUCUACAGUUCAGCUAGAUGUGGUGGAGCCUUGCACGCAGCCUUCACCAUGAUGUUCAACUCUGCAAUGUUUAUCAUUGAUUUAUCAUGUGUUUGAACGGUCUAAGUUCUGUAACCUGAAUAUACUGGGAUGCGCGUUGUUUCUUGGUGCACCAUUAUGUGCAGAGUUUAGCUAGCUCUGCAAUAUUUCAAUGAAAUUGCUUAAAGUUUGAUGACC